ACACAGAAUACACCAGACAGACUAUUAACUACAGCAAUUACACCAGAAAAUGCAACAGUCACCACACCUAAUGCAAUACUCUCAACACCUAAUGCAACAGUCACAACACUCAGUGCAACAGUCACAACACUCAAUGCAACAGACACAACACAGAAUACACCAGACAGACUAUUAACUACAGCAAUUACACCAGAAAAUGCAACAGUCACCACACCUAAUGCAAUACACUCAACACCUAAUGCAACAGUCACAACACUCAGUGCAACAGUCACAACACUCAAUGCACCAGUCACAACAUUCAGUGCAACAGACAGACUAUUAACUACAACAAUUGCACCACAUAAUGCAACAGUCACAACACUCAAUGCAACAGUCACAACACUUAAUGCACCAGUCACAACACUGAAUCCAACAGACAGACUAUUAACUACAACAGUUACACCAGAAAAUGCAACAGUCACCACACCUAAUGCAAUACUCUCAACACCUAAUGCAACAGUCACAACACUCAGUGCAACAGUCACAACAGUCAAUGCAACAGACACAACACAGAAUACACCAGACAGACUAUUAACUACAGCAAUUACACCACAUAAUGCAACAGUCACUACACCUAAUGCAAUACUCUCAACACCUAAUGCAACGGUCACAACACUCAAUGCACCAGUCACAACACUGAAUCCAACAGACAGACUAUUAACUACAACAGUUACACCAGAAAAUGCAACAUUCACCACACCUAAUGCAAUACACUCAACACCUAAUGCAACAGUCACAACACUCAAUGCAACAGUCACAACAUUCAGUGCAACAGACAGACUAUUAACUACAACAAUUACACCACAUAAUGCAACAUUCACCACACUCAAUGCAACAGUCCCAACACCUAAUGCAACAGACAGACUAUUGACUACAACAGUUAUACCACAUAAUGCAACAGUCACCACACCUAAUGCAAUAGACUCAACAUCUAAUGCAACGGUCACAACACUCAAUACAACAGACAGACUAUUAACUACAACAGUUACACCACAUAAUGCAACAGUCACCACACCUAAUGCAACAGACACCACAACUAAUGAAACAGUCUCAACACCUAAUGCAACAGUCACAACACUCAAUACACCAGACAGACUAUUAACUACAACAGUUACACUACAAAAUGCAACAGUCACCACACCUAAUGCAACAGUCAAUGCAACAGACAGACUUUUAACUACAAUUGUUACACCACUUAAUUCAAUAGUAACGACACUCAACGCAACAGUCACAACACUCAAUGCGACAGUUACAACACUCACUGCAACAGUCACAACACUCAAUGCAACAGUCACAACACUCAAUGCAACAGUCACAACACUCAAUACAACAGUCACACCACGCAAUACAACAGAAACACAAUUAUCUGCAACAGUUACACCAUUUAAUGCAUCAGUCACAACACUCAAUGCAACAGUCACAACACUCAAUACAACAGAAACACUAUUAACUGUUACAGUAACACCACUUAGUACUACAGUCACACCACUGAAUACAACAGUCAUCACACUCAAUACAACAGUUACACCACUAAAUACAACAGUCACAACACUUAAUGCAACUGACACACUAUUAACUGCUACAGUUACACCACUGAAUACAAUUGUCCCAACACUCAAUACAACAGACAGACUAUCAACUGCAGCAGUUACAUCACUUAAUACAACAGUCACAACACUCAAUACAACAGACAGACUAUUAACUACAACAGUUACACCAUUUCAUGCAACAGUCACAACACCCAAUGCAACAGUCACAAUGCCCAAUGCAACAGUCACAAUGCUCAAUGCAACAGUCACAAUGCUCAAUGCAACAGUCACAACACUCAAUGCAACAGACAGACAAUUAACUACAACAGCUAUACCACUCAAUGCAACAGUCACAACACUCAAUACAACAGCCACAACACUCAAUGCAACAGUCACAACACUCAAUCUUACAGACAGACUAUUAACUACAACAGCUACACCACUUAAUGCAACAGUCACAACACUCAAUGCAACAGUCACAACACUUAAUGCAACAGUCACAACACUCAAUCUAACAGACAGACUAUUAACUGCAACAGCUACACCACUUAAUGCAACAGUCACAACACUCAAUGCAACAGUCACAACACUCAAUCUUACAGACAGACUAUUAACUACAACAGCUACACCACUUAAUGCAACAGUCACAACACUCAAUGCAACAGUCACAACACUCAAUACAACAGUCACAACACUCAAUCUUACAGACAGACUAUUAACUACAACAGCUACACCACUUAAUGCAACAGUCACAACACUCAAUGCAACAGUCACAACACUCAAUGCAACAGUCACAACACUCAAUCUAACAGACAGACUAUUAACUGCAACAGCUACACCACUUAAUGCAACAGUCACAACACUCAACGCAACAGUCACAACACUCAAUGCAACAGUCACAACACUCAAUCUAACAGACAGACUAUUAACUUCAACAGUUACACCACUUAAUGCAACAGUCACAACACUCAAUGCAACAGUCACAACACUCAAUGUAACAGACACAACACUCAAUCUAACAGACAGACUAUUAACUGCAACAGCUACACCACUUAAUGCAACAGUCACAACACUCAAUGCAACAGUCACAACACUCAAUCUAACAGACAGACUAUUAACUGCAACAGCUACACCACUUAAUGCAACAGUCACAACACUCAAUGCAACAGUCACAACACUCAAUGUAACAGCUACACCACUUAAUGCAACAGUCACAACACCCAAUGCAACAGUCACAACACUCAAUCUAACAGACAGACUAUUAACUUCAACAGUUACACCACUUAAUGCAACAGUCACAACAGUCAAUGCAACAGUCACAACACUCAAUGUAACAGACACAACACUCAAUCUAACAGACAGACUAUUAACUGCAACAGCUACACCACUUAAUGCAACAGUCACAACACUCAAUGCAACAGUCACAACACUCAAUCUAACAGACAGACUAUUAACUGCAACAGCUACACCACUUAAUGCAACAGUCACAACACUCAAUGCAACAGUCACAACACUCAAUGCAACAGUCACAACACUCAAUGCAACAGUCACAACACUCAAUGUAACAGCUACACCACUUAAUGCAACAGUCACAACACUCAAUGCAACAGUCACAACACUCAAUCUAACAGACAGACUAUUAACUUCAACAGUUACACCACUUAAUGCAACAGUCACAACACUCAAUGCAACAGUCACAACACUCAAUGUAACAGACACAACACUCAAUCUAACAGACAGACUAUUAACUGCAACAGCUACACCACUUAAUGCAACAGUCACAACACUCAAUGCAACAGUCACAACACUCAAUCUAACAGACAGACUAUUAACUGCAACAGCUACACCACUUAAUGCAACAGUCACAACACUCAAUGCAACAGUCACAACACUCAAUGCAACAGUCACAACACUCAAUGUAACAGCUACACCACUUAAUGCAACAGUCACAACACUCAAUGCAACAGUCACAACACUCAAUCUAACAGACAGACUAUUAACUUCAACAGUUACACCACUUAAUGCAACAGUCACAACACUCAAUGUAACAGACACAACACUCAAUGUAACAGCUACACCACUUAAUGCAACAGUCACAACACUCAAUGCAACAGUCACAACACUCAAUCUAACAGACAGACUAUUAACUUCAACAGUUACACCACUUAAUGCAACAGUCACAACACUCAAUGCAACAGUCACAACACUCAAUGUAACAGCUACACCACUUAAUGCAACAGUCACAACACUCAAUGCAACAGUCACAACACUCAAUCUAACAGACAGACUAUUAACUUCAACAGUUACACCACUUAAUGCAACAGUCACAACACUCAAUGUAACAGACACAACACUCAAUCUAACAGACAGACUAUUAACUUCAACAGUUACACCACUUAAUGCAACAGUCACAACACUCAAUGCAACAGUCACAACACUCAAUGCAACAGUCACAACACUAAAUGUAACAGACAGACUAUUAACUUCAACAGUUACACCACAUAAUGCAACAGUCACCACACCUAAUGCAACAGUCAUAACACUCAAUACAACAAACAUACUUUUAACUACAACAAUAACACCACAUAAUGCAACAGUCUCAACACCUAAUGCAACAGUCACAACACUCAAUACAACAGACAGACUAUUAACUACAACAAUAACACCACAUAAUGCAACAGUCACAACACCUAAUGCAACAGUCAUACACACAACAACCUUCCCAGUAACAAAAAACAUUUCCAGUGUGCCUGUUACAACCAAUCCAACACAAUUAAACAACUCAACAGAAAAAGUUGAAACUAACACAACUGCUGUGCCAACGAUACAGCCAGUCUCUCCUCACAACACCUCCAAUUCCUCAAUAACCGCUCCACCUGUCCAUCACAUUACUCCAACAACCAGCAGAAAAAAUACAUCUGUGCCAACCACAGUCAAGGCAACAGUAACAACCGAAAGUCCAGGCGAACUGGCUAACAACCUUCUAAAUCAAACCAAAGAUGUGUCUUCUUUAAACUCAACUCAAGUGAAUGCUUUGGUCAACCAGUUAGAAAUACUGCUUUCUGCACCCAAUGUUAGUCUGGAAGUGGGCCGAGCAUUGCUGUCUGUCGUCAACAACCUGCUUGAUGGCUCUGCAAACAGUCUGAGUUCCUCAUCCAACCGAUUAAUCAAAGUUGUGGAUAGUUUGGGUCUGAAACUGGUGAUUCAAGACCAGACCGUAAACAUGGCAUUUGAAUCACUUGCUUUGGCCGUUACCAAAGCUGACGGCACCAACUUCAAGACGACAUCAUUCGCAGUUGCAGAUCCAUUAAACCCACAGGUGACGAAAGGAUUUCAGAGAGAAGCGAGAGCCGUGGAAAGUUCCUCCCCUCUUGGCAAAAUAACACUGCCAGCGUCCCUGACAGAAAAUCUUUCUCCAGGGGAGCAAAAGAUGGCCUCCAGAAUCCAGUUCACUUUCUUUCAGAAAAGCACAUUUUUUCAGGAUAAAAAGACUCAACAUAUUUUGAACAGCCACGUUCUGGGCUCGAGUGUGGCUAACCUUUCCAUCAAAAACCUGAAGGAGAACGUUGUGUUCACUCUGAGAAAUACGCAACCUGUGGUGGGGAACUAUGUAGCUUCUUGUGUGUUUUGGGACUUUGAAACUAAUGGAGGUUCCGGAGGUUGGAAUUCCGACGGCUGUUUUCUUGUCAAAAAUAGCAGUACUGAGAACGAGACUGUCUGCAGCUGUAAUCACCUGACCAGUUUUGCAGUGCUAUUAGACAUUGGCCGGCAUGAAAUGACAGACCGUGUGCAGGCCACAAUCCUCACCUUCAUCACUUACAUCGGCUGUGGAAUCUCUGCUAUCUUUAUUGCAGUUACUUUGCUCACUUACCUCGGGUUCGAAAAAAUCCGCCGUGACAUUCCCUCCAAGAUCUUGAUUCAUCUGUGUUUUGCUCUGCUCUUUCUGAAUCUGGUCUUCCUGGUGGACUCAUGGCUGGCUCUGUUUCCAAAUGCCGUUGGCCUGUGCAUUUCUACAGGAUUUUUCCUGCACUACUUCCUGUUGGUCUCCUUCACUUGGAUGGGUCUCGAGGCUCUGCAUAUGUACAUGGCCAUCGUCAAGGUCUUCAACAACUUUAUGACCAGAUACAUGCUCAAGAUGUCCUUGGUGGGCUGGGGACUCCCAUUAAUUGUUGUUAUCAUUGUGAUCGCGAUAAGCAAGGACCACUAUGGCCUUGUACAGUAUGGAAAAUACGUGGAUGGAACUACAGAUGAUUUCUGUUGGAUUAAGAAUGACUACGUGUUCUACAUAACCGUGGUGUCAUACUUCUGUGUGAUAUUCGUGUGGAACCUGUCCAUGUUUGUGGUUGUAAUGGUGCAACUGAUACGAAUCAAGAAGCAAAAUCCCCACAAUAAUCAGUACCGGAGUGGAAUGCAGGAACUUCGGAGCAUCGCGGGACUCACUUUUCUGCUGGGUCUUACCUGGGGCUUUAGCUUCUUCGCCUGGGGACCCGUCUACUUGGCUUUUUCAUACCUGUUUACCAUCUUCAAUUCCCUUCAAGGUUUCUUUAUCUUUGUGUUCCACUGCGCUCUAAAGGAAAACGUCCGUAAACAGUGGAGAAUGUACCUCUGUUGUGGGUGCUUACGUUUGCCUGAAAAUUCAGACUGGAGUCGGACAUUGACAAAUAAAGGAAAGAAAUCUUCAGUUUCCACAGCAGUCUUUACUGAUUCUGAUGUUCACAGCGCCCCUCGCAGCUCAGUGAGCAGUGAUGAAUCACUGCCGCCGUAUAAUGGCAUCGGCUCACCGAUGGAAGAUAAUUUGAUCAUUGCUGAAGAAACAAACGAUGUAAUCAACAACGAGAUCAACAGUCAUCUUCGAUCACGACUCAGACCUGCGUAGCGUAUGUUAGAGGAUUGGUGAUGGAAAAACAUUUUAAAAUUGAGCCAAGCUGCUCUGUACUAUUCAUAGGAGGAUAGCAAGAGCAAGGACUUAUGGGAUACGAUGCUUAAAAAAUCCCAUAUUGCUGGGAAGUGUGGAAACAUUAUUGGAUCCCACUUCUGCAACUUUAUUUUAAAGGACUCCUAUAUAAUUUCAAAACAGUAUUAAACACCUCAUUUUCUUGCUUUCCAC